AUGUAUAAGAAACUGAUCACUGACGCAUCUUCUGUUGGAAGAGAUUUAACAGCACUUCAACAGGUGGUACUCGGUAGACGUCGUACUUAUUUGUCGUUCAAUUCACCGUUCCAUGUGAUGGGUGAAGCUGAGAGAGAUGCGUUUGACAAAGAUACAAAAAAGGUACUUUCACAAUUGGAAGCUGCGAUUCGUCGACUAUCCAGUCAGGUUGAUGGAAAUGCCCUAUCAAAAGAUGAGAAGAAACUAUUGUCACUUGUUGUUGAUUCUCUUCAGACGUACUUGAAGCGCACAGGGAAGAUAGUAACUGAUAUGAGGUAA